GCUGGCGCUGCCCCGGAGCCCCCGCGGGACGGGCGUCCGGAGCCGCUGCCGGCGCGGCGAGCGAGGGGACGGGCGGGCUGUUUGGAGAUCUUCAACAGAUCUGAUCUGCUUUCUCUCCUCUGCCUUCUACUCCCUCCUGCCAUGCCUGUGCUGAUGGUGAUUACCUCUUUCUGAGUAAAAUGGGAUUAUUGAGAGCAGAGCAUAAUUUCUUGCUUUCUAAAAGGAGCUGCCCUCGUCAGCAGAGUGAACACUGAUGCCUAGAGUAGCAGAUUGUGCGUAAGCGGACAUCUCUGUCUUUAUCUGCAGCUGCUGCAGGAAGUCAGCUGCAUGUCUCUGGUGUAGCUGCAAGAAUGACUUGACUGAUUUGCACUCAUGGUCUUGGAUGAUCUGGUGAACCAUGGAGCUCAAAGUAUGGGUGGAUGGAGUGCAGAGAAUCGUGUGUGGGGUCACCGAAGUCACAACAUGCCAGGAAGUUGUAAUAGCCCUUGCUCAGGCUAUUGGGCGCACCGGGCGCUACACGCUGAUCGAGAAGUGGCGGGACACGGAGCGGCACCUGGCGCCGCACGAGAACCCCAUCGUGUCCCUCAACAAGUGGGGACAGUACGCCAGCGACGUGCAGCUGAUCCUGCGGCGCACCGGACCCUCCCUGAGCGAGCGGCCCACGUCGGACAGCGUGGCGCGGAUCCCUGAGAGGACUCUGUACCGGCAGAGCUUGCCGCCCCUGGCCAAGCUGAGGCAGCCCGGGGACAAGGCCAUGAAGAGGAAGGAGCCAAAAAGGAAAUCCCUCACCUUCACCGGUGGCGCCAAGGGGCUAAUGGACAUCUUCGGGAAGAGCAAGGAAUCAGAGUUCAAGCAAAAGGUGCUCAACAACUGUAAAACAACAGUGGACGAGUUGAAGAAACUGAUCCACCUCCAGACAGAGAAGCUUCAGUGCAUCGAGAAGCAGCUGGAGUCCAACGAAGCUGAGAUCCGCUACUGGGAGCAAAAGUAUAAUGCCAGCCUAGAAGAAGAAAUCCUCAAACUGGAGCAGAAGAUUAAACGGAACGAAGUGGAGAUUGAGGAGGAAGAGUUCUGGGAAAACGAGCUGCAGAUUGAACAAGAGAAUGAAAAGCAGCUGAUGGAGCAGCUGCAGGAGAUGAGGCAGAGGAUCCUGGAGUGUGAGAGUAAGCUCAAGGACUAUGUGUCUCAGAUCCACAACAUGGAGAGUGGCCUUGAGGCAGAGAAGCUGCAGCGAGAAGUUCAAGAGUCCCAGGUGAAUGAAGAAGAGGUCAAGGAAAAGAUCGAGAAGGUGAAGGGAGAAAUUGAUAUUCAAGGCCAGCAGAGUCUGAGAUUGGAAAAUGGCAUUAAAGCAGUAGAAAGGUCUUUGGGCCAAGCUACCAAGCGAUUACAGGACAGGGAACAAGAACUGGAGCAACUGACCAAGGAGCUGCGCCAGGUGAACCUGCAGCAGUUCAUCCAGCAAACGGGAACCAAGGUGACAGUGCUGCCAGCAGACCCCGUGGAGGUGGAGGCCCCACAUGUGGAGCUUGAGAGAGAGCCAGCCUUUCAGUCUGGGUCACUGAAGCGCCCUGGCUCAUCGAGGCAACUCCCCAGUAACCUUCGGAUCCUACAGAACCCCUUGUCAUCUGGUUUUAACCCAGAGGGCAUUUAUGUAUGACAGUAUGUACCUCUUCUAGAGAGGACCUAGCAAGGUACCCUGGACAAGAUACACUUUAUUUUAAUCAGCCAAUGAUAAAUGGAAGAAGUUCGUCUUGUUUUGUUUUUUUGUUACUCCACCAUAUUAUUUUUUAUUCUUCCUCCAACACCACUUGGAGCCAUACCCUGUGCACUGAUGCUAAAUAGAGAGGAACGGUCUCGAUUCAUAACUCGCAAGGAUGACCUUGCUGUCAACACAGCUUGAGUGCAAAAACCUUCAUUGUUUUUGCCACUUCAGAAGUAUUUGGGAAAGUAUUGUUCCUUGUAUAGUCAUAAAUGGAAGACUGAGGGUGAAGGAAACUAUGUAUGCAACUUAUCUGAGGUUUAAUUUAUUCCCUUUAAUCAAUGGACCUGUGAAUGUUGACCUUUUGUAUUUUUAUUUUUAACUUGUGAAUUAUCACAUAUGGCUGUGUGUCAGUCUGAUGAGGUGACUUUAAUUUGUGUGUACCAACAUCCCCCAUCUGAUCAAGUAUAACAACCUGCAAUGCAGAGUUCUGAGGGGUGCUGAACCAUUACAGUGGUUUCUCACCACUAACUGUUCAUUUCUGUCAUGGGUCAUCAUAUGUCACGUUCCAUCCAUUGCUACCUUUUACGGCUUGAAAAGUGAGCUUGUGGGAUUUACUUGCUGUUGUGUCUGCCUUGAAUGAAGCACCUAGUGUUCAAAAGAUUUAUGGAUUUUUAAACCUCGGCUUGGUAAAAAUAUUUCCAGCAUAUGGUUGAGGAUGCACUAGUUAGACAAUAUUUUAUUAUAUAGAAUGUAUAUUUUAAAUAUUUUGCCACAUUGUAUAUGCCUUUUGAGAAAAGAACAAUAUAAGAAGUUGUCUUCAUAUAUCUUACCAAAAGAGAGUAGGAGGCUUUCA